AUGUUCUCUCAAGGCCGACAUAACGAUCAGAACUAUGUGUUCGCCCUUUUGACUGGCUACCGUGAUCCUCUCACUGGUGUUUCGAUUCGAGGAGGGUUGUACAAUAAUCCUUACUUUCUUGGUGGAGCAAUUGCUAUGCCUAAAAUGCUCAAUGAUGGUGUUGUUGAGUAUGAAGAUGGUACCCCAACAACGGAGUCACAGAUGGCAAAAGAUGUUACGGAGUUUAUUUCAUGGGCUAUUGAGCCAGAAAUGGAAGAGAGAAAACUGAUGGGAUUCAAAUGGAUUUUGCUACUGUCUCUGGCACUUCUCCAAGUAGUUUACUACAGACGCUUGAGAUGGUCAUUUGUUAUUUCCCGUGACAUGGUGUUUGAUGAAGUUUCAUCACCUCAAAUUGAUAUCGAUAGAGGCACAAUUAAUCUUUCACCUUUCCCUGAUG